UUGGCUGGCUUUGGUUUACAUGAGAUGACUAAAAGAGAUCUCUUACCUUUGUUUCUAUCCCUGUGAAAAAUGCCUUCCGCGUCUAGUGCAAAACUCGAGAAGCAAGCCUCUUCGGAGGCUAUAGAACCGAUUAAACAAGGAAUUCUAAUAGUAGAUCACAAAAUACGGAAUCUCGUCAAGAAGAAGGGUCGCCUGGAUACGUACAGGGAGAUACAAAAGAGUGGAAAGGAAUUGGAAAAAGACCAGAAACAAUCGCUGUUGAAAUACGAUGAGGUUUGUCAAAAUUUGGCAUUCGCACAGGAUUUGAGCAAGCAACUGAACACUAUAGCACAGGAUGCUGUCAAACAGCAAAAGAAGAAGGAGAAGAAAGAGGCUUAUGAGAGAGAACAACAAGAGACUGCCAAAGUCAAGGAAAUUCUCAUCAUACAGGAUGUGCUGGCCAGUAUGGGUAAUGACACGGUACGGGAGGACUUCUUGGCUGGUCGGAACCGGGCUGUCCAACUCACAGAAACUGAGCUGCAGUAUUUAGAUGAGCUGUUUACUGAGGUGUCACCCAAGCGGGAGCCAGAAGAGGACCAACCUUCUUUCCAGGAGCAGGCACAGAAUGCAGCCAAACAUCUGUUGAGUAUUGUUGACGGAAAAGAUAAAGAAAUCGUCGGUACCAAGUACAGUACCCUGCGGGAGCUGAUUGAGAAGAUCAACAACAGCGGCUAUUUUGACUACUCUGCCACUCAGGAACCAGCACUUCAGGAAGCGGUGGAGGAGGCUGCUCCUGAGGAGCCCCCGGUAGUUGAGACGUUGGCAGAACCUGAACCUGAGGAGAUAGAGCCAGAGCCAGUACAAUCGGCUACUUUCCAACCUUCAGCCCCUGUAGAUCCGGUAGUGGUCCCUGUUGUGGAAACAGCCGGACUCUACAUCUCCCAGCGCCCCAUGGCUGAUGUACUCACCAACGUAAUGGGCGCUGGUCCCACCACGUUUAACUUCAUUCAGGAGUCAGAGCUGGAGUCUCCCGAUGUCGGCGUGGUGGCAGCACCCGUUCCAGUUCCAGCAGCUCUACCUAUCCCUUCACAGACUUUUACUAAUGCCAGCUACGUGCCCCCACCACCCCAGCCGGAGGUGAUGUACUCUGCUCCUGCUCAGUACAGCCCUGUACCUCCUGCACAGCCAGCACCUCCUCAACCUUCUAACACCUUCCAAAAUACAUCACAAGCUGGAGCAGGUGACUGGAACGAAUCCACAGAGCAGAACACCGACUGGGCCAUGCAGGUCGAGCAGAGUGAGAGCUGGACUGAACCACCACAGCAGACAGAUGACUGGAAUGAAAACUCCAAUGAUGGAUUCCAGACAGCAGGUGGUCGUGGAGGUGGAAGAGGUGGACGAGGACGUGGAGGAGGUGGGGAGCGUGGUAGGGGAGGUCCCCGAGGUGGCCGAGGGGGCUACCAGAACGGCAGAGGAAACUAUAAUAACCAAAACAACCGAGGUGGUGGUGGUGGCUAUUACAACCGUAACAAUAAUGGAGAGGAACGCAACAACUUCUACCAGAAUGGUUACCAAGCUCGUGGUGAUGGCGAGCGAGGCUACAGAGACAACAGGGAAGGCGGACCCAGGCGUGGUGGACCCCGUGGCGGUGGUGGUGGCGGCGGCCAGGAUCGGGGACCCAGACCAGACCGUGGAGGUCCCAGAGGCGGUGGAGGCAGGGGAGGCAGCGGCAACCCUCGUGGCGGAAAUCGAGGAAACCGCCAAUAACACAACCUGUCUUACCAAACUUUCUGUGAUGUUGAGUGGAACAGACUCUGCAAGUAUUAAAGGCAGAAGAAAAACAUAUGUUUUACUUUUGCUAGGCAGGCUUUUUUCACAGGGAUAAGAAGACAAUGAAACCAUGAAACUUUUUGUAAAGUGUUAUAAAUAAUAAAAAAAAUAAAAAUAACCAAAAAAAUAGAAAAAAGUGCAGUCCGUGAUGAGACGAGAGUGUGGAAGUGAC